CUGCGAGAGGGGGGGCGAGCCGGGCCGGGCGGAACCAUGUGGAGGCGCUGGUAGGGGGGCACGGGGAGGGGGUCGGUCGGGUCCGCCAUGGCCGCGAACUGCGCGGGGGCAGCGGGGACGGCGGCGGGAGCCGUCGCCGCCGUGGGCUCGGCCCUGAGCGCCAGCAAGACCAAGACCAAGAAGAAACACUUCGUGUGCCAGAAGGUGAAGCUGUUCCGGGCCUCGGAGCCGCUGCUCAGCGUCCUUAUGUGGGGGGCGAACCACACGAUCAAUGAGCUCAGCAAUGUUCCCGUCCCCGUCAUGCUAAUGCCCGAUGACUUUAAAGCCUACAGUAAGAUUAAGGUGGACAAUCAUCUAUUCAACAAGGAGAACCUGCCCAGCCGCUUCAAAUUCAAGGAGUAUUGUCCCCUGGUGUUCCGGAACCUCCGGGAAAGAUUUGGGAUUGAUGACCAGGACUACCAGAACUCGGUGACACGCAGCGCCCCGGUGAACAGCGACAGCCAGGGCCGCUGCGGCGCGCGCUUCCUCACCACCUACGACAGGAGGUUCGUCAUCAAGGCCGUGUCCAGCGAGGACGUGGCAGAGAUGCACAACAUCCUCAAGAAGUACCACCAGUUCAUUGUGGAGUGCCAUGGGAACACACUGCUGCCCCAGUUCCUGGGCAUGUACCGGCUCACCGUGGACGGCGUGGAGACCUACAUGGUGGUCACCAGAAACGUCUUCAGCCACAGGCUGACCGUGCACAGGAAGUACGACCUGAAGGGCUCAACAGUAUCCAGGGAAGCAAGUGAUAAAGAGAAGGCCAAGGACCUCCCAACCUUCAAGGACAACGACUUCUUGAAUGAGGGUCAGAAGCUGCAUGUUGGAGAAGACAGUAAAAAGAACUUCCUUGAGAAGCUGAAGCGGGAUGUGGAGUUUUUAGCCCAGCUGAAGAUCAUGGAUUACAGCCUGCUGGUGGGCAUCCACGAUGUGGACCGGGCCGAACAGGAGGAGAUGGAGGUGGAGGAGCGGGCAGAGGAUGAGGAGUGUGAGAAUGAUGGGCUAGGGGGGAACCCCAUCUCCUCCUAUGGGACCCCCCCCGACAGCCCCGGCAACCUCCUCAACUACCCCCGGUUCUUCGGGCCCGGGGAGUUUGACCCCUCCGUGGAUGUGUAUGCCAUGAAGAGCCAUGACAGUGCCCCCAGGAAGGAGGUUUAUUUCAUGGCCAUCAUCGACAUCCUCACACCCUACGACACCAAGAAGAAAGCUGCACACGCUGCCAAGACAGUGAAACAUGGGGCCGGAGCAGAGAUCUCCACGGUGAACCCGGAGCAGUACUCGAAGCGCUUCAACGAGUUCAUCUCCAGCAUCCUGACAUAGAGGCACAUCCUGCUGCAGGGCUGCAGGCAGGCCUGGGGGCUGCUCCUGCAGCCUGAGACAGCACAGACACUGCAGCAGCACCAGGGCACACCUGUGGCACCGUGUGGGGCACGUGUGGCACCGUGUGACAAAACCCAUCCUCAUCCUCGCUGCGCCUGCUGCACCUCUGGGUUUGGCGUUCCAGAAGCGCCCAGAUCUCAGAUUUGAGGGCUUUUCCAAACAUGCCAAGUGCAUUGUUCCAGCACUGCUCUUUCUGCCCAGUGACGUUUUUUCCUCUCUGCUGAGGGGCUGGGACACGUGUGGCACUGUCCCCAAGGGGUCACAUUCAGCAGUGCCUGACUCACAAACCACUCCUUGUUUUUUGUGUUGUUGUUGUUGUUGUUUUAUUGGACUGGCUUGGCCAGAAAAA